AUGUUCAUGGCUGUCCUUCAUAAACAGGGAUUCUCGCCAGUCUUAGGGGAUUUCUUUGCUUUGUAUCUAGUUGGCCAAUCCACAGUCUACUGCUGGAACACCUUCCAAUCCAGCCCACAGUCUGCGGACGCCAUGCGCAUGCUCGGAAACUCCACCAGAGGUCUCUCGCCUAAGCAGCAGCACCUCCUCUAUAGAUCGUGCAUGGUCCCUAUUGCCACAUAUGGCUAUUGUCUCUGGUGUUUUGAUGGCACCUGUGCAUUCCGCACCUCACCCACAGGCGGUCUUGAGGCCCUUGCAGGUCUCAUCCCCGUCCACCUCAUGCUGAAGAAGUUGGUGACACACGCAGUGUACCACAUCGCUACCCUAUCAGGCACUCACCCUCUGCGCUCCAUGAUGGGUGAGAGACUCCUCAAGCAGGCCAAACCUCAUGCAUGCUCUGCUGCCUUGAUGACCCCAGCUAUGCGAGGGAAAGUCAAGAGUACUGUCAUGGAGGUGGACAAGUGCGUCCACACCUUAACUGAGAACUUCGAGCCUUUGGCGCCCGAAGCUUGCCCUGGCGAUCGGUUACUGGACCGCUUUGCGGACUGUCUCCGUUUUGAUGAGCACAAUCCUACUCAGGAUAGGCGCCCUUCUCUCAACGAGCUCAUUGUGAAUGCAAGAGCCGACCCACUAACUGUACUGGCUGCAGCUGACGGCUCUGUCCCCACCUGUAUCAGUUAG